UUAAACCCCCCUCCCAAGUGAGAUUGGAGCACUUUCAGUUCGACAGGAUUUGGAAGGCAAUACGGAGUUAGUUGCCUUGGUACUGCUAAAGCUUCGGAAGGGAAUGCUCAUCUUUAAUCGACUUUUGCUUUAUGUAGAGAUGGGCCGACGGAGAUGGCACACUUUGCUGGGCAUCGCCCUUCUUCUGGUCACCGUGGAUCACUGUGAAGGCAGAGCGGAGCUGAGGCAGAAAGCGAGACAAUUACCUUUAGACCUCAUCUUGAAAGGCACGGGGGACAGCAAUCGCGGGGGCAGGAACACAGUUAAACGAUACGACACUUUCUACGCCUUGGAUCAAGACUACAAACAGAUCACGAAAGAAAAAGCGGUGUUUGUCCCAAGGCAGGACAAACCAAUAGAGAUUGUCCAUAGAGACCCCAACUUGAAAGGGAAGGUUUUAAAUCAUUUUGCAGGACCAAUCUCAUUCUCAUCUGAGUGCAGUAAGCAGUUUCAGCGUCUUUAUUAUAACACAAGGGAAUGUUCCACACCAACUUACUACAAAAGGUGUGCAAGAUUGCUUACAAGGUUAGCUGUGAGUUCUUUGUGUACACAACACUAAAUAUUUUGCCAUACCCAAGUCAUUGAAGAUGGAAAUCUGUGUUGCCUCAUAAGUGCCUUGAAAAUGUACCCAAAAUGAUUGGAAUUACAGCUGAUGUUGCUUUGGUUUACAGCAUUGUUUAUUUUAACUUCUGAAUGUGUUUUAUUUCUUUGUGAAUGUGUAUGUGUGAGAACAUUCCACUUUGUGUUAAUUAAGCAUAUCUUUGAUUUAUAAUAUUAUUGCAUUGAAUUCAAAUAAACCAAUUAUUUAUUGAAAUACUCUCAAUAUAAUGAUCUGCACUGGAAAUAAUUUAAACAAUACAGAAAACCCCAAUGAAGCAGUAAGCUUAAUAAGUUCACAUUGUAUUGACCUUCCUUCUAAGAGGCUGCAGGGCAAUGGACCAAGAAAAUAAAUUUCCAGCAUUAGCAGUUCCUUUCAUUAGUAGUGCCAAAAUUGUGAUUGUAAUCAAUAGGAUGGAAAAUAAAGCAUUGUGCUUACAAGGAUAUGUUGUAUAUUAAAGAGGCCCAUAUUAUUCACAAAGCUUAUGACCAUCAGCUUAAAUGAAGGCACAUUAAUUACUAGAAUAAAUGUUCUUUGAAUACUUUACACUCACCACAAUUCAUAUUUUGACUUUGUCCCCCUUUCGGUGACAUGGCUUCAUGCUGCUGAUUGAGAGUAUUGCGCUUUAUAAGUAGUCAGUGCUAGGUUAUUGUAUUUUAUAUUGAAAGACUCUUCAUGAUCUUAAAUGGGCCAAUCUGAUGUGCUAAUUAUUUUACAAUAGAUUAUACCUCUUUAAUUUUGUUAAGACUCUUAUUCAUUAUUUGCACUGAGCUUGAAUGCAAUGCAAUUCACUUUCCAUAGAAGCUGUAAAAUGAACUUCAUUCUAUACAAAUAAUAAUGAAAAUAUCAGUUUGACACUUUAGUUCUGAAGCUCUGUUACAAUGUACUGCGCAUUGAGAAUUUACGCUCAAAAUGUACCUUGCUUUGGAAAUAGUAUCUCAUAGCUAUUUUGAAUUACCAUUGGCACUGGCACUUAUGUAAAACAAUGCAAAUGUAAAUAUUGGAAAAGACUGGAAUACAACAAUGCUGUUUGAUGGAAUAAAUUAUAGUAAU